GCAAGUUAAAGAUGGCUGAAGUGAUAGAACAGGAAACUCAACUGUGUGACAACUGCAAAAGAGAAAUUCCCAUGCCCAACUUUACCAUCCAUGAAAUUCACUGUCGACGAAACAUUGGCAUGUGCCACGCCUGCAAGGAGCCAGUCCCCAAGUCUGAAAUGAAAGCCCACAUGGAGCUGGAGCACAGCCAGGUGACCUGUAAGUGUAACAUGAAGAUGGAGAGGUGGCAGCUCACAAAUCAUGAGGCCCUCGAAUGCCCCUUGAGGCUUGCCGUCUGCCAGCACUGUGAGUUGGAGCUUGCGUUCCUCAAACUGAAGGACCACGAAGAUUACUGUGGGGCCCGCACUGAGCUCUGUGGCAAGUGUGGUAGGAAUGUUAUGGUGAAAGAUCUCAAGGCUCACCCUGAUGUGUGCGGGAGAGAGGCGAGAACCAUGCCUCCCCAUGGCUAUGAGAGUGAGGAGGAUGAGGAUGAGGAAGAUGACGACGAGGAGGAAGAGGAGGAUGGAGCGUGGUUCAUAGCACAGAACCUGCUGAGUCCUGAAAACCCCACCAGACCUGUGCGGAGGCUUUCGAGCUCCCUGGAGGAUCCCUUUUAUAGUCGCCUCAUAGCUGACCAGAUGGCAAGAAAUCCAGACCGAGGGGUUGGGUCAGCCAUGCAGCUGGACCAGAAUCAAGUGGAGAAACAGGAGAGGCACAUGGGGAGUAAAAGCCAGCUGUCCCCUCCAGUGUCCCCCCCAGAGGAAGAUGCCCAUUUGGACUACAUGCUGGCCCUGAGCCUGCAGAGCGAGAGUGGUGCCCCCAGCAGCACAGCUGCCCACCUCGAGGACUUCUGGAGAGCCGUGUGUGCUGAAGACCUUGGCCCGGCUGCCCGGCUGGGCCAGGCCCGGAACACUGACCUGCUCUACACUGAGCCUUUCCUAGCCACAGAUGGUGCAAAGGAGUCAAAGAGUAAUGAGACCAUGCUGCCCUGUGAGUUUUGUGAGGAGCUUUAUCCCGAAGAAGACCUGAUUCUUCAUCAGACGGGCUGUAACCCCACGAGUGCCCUGGCUUCAUUCAGUAAGAGAAGCUCUCCCCCAAGCCUGUCCCAGGACCGAGGGGACCGCGAGGACCGUGAAGAUCAGCUUCAGAGGUUCCUGGACCUGCCAGCCACACGGGCCGUGAACAGCAGGUUCCGCUCCCUGUUGGAUCUGCCAGCUGCACCCUCUGGCGAGAGCAGCAUCAUUAUUCCCUGUGAAUUCUGUGGCAUUCAGUUAGAAGAGGAAGUCCUUUUCCACCACCAGGACCAGUGUGACCUCCGCCCAGGCACCGGAGUACCCGCAGAAUGGCUGCUUCCUGCCUGCGAACCACUUCCUAAACAAGACAGCUUGCAGCCGGAGACAUCUCCCAAACUGCCCAGGCGGAGGAUCAGGCACCAAGGAGACUUGUCUUCUUGCUAUAUGGAUGACAUACGGCAGGAAGCAGCCGGCAAACCGACGUACCCCCUGCCCCCCAGCAGGUCCACGAGCAGCAUAGGGCUUGCCCGAAAUAGACUGCCUAAAGCCGUGUUGGCCCCUCGGUCUGGGGGACUGCCAAGCCCUCCCCGCGUGCUGAAGGCCAGCAACUUGGAGAGCCUGGAGACAAGAGGGCAGAGUCGCAGGAACCACAGCCCAGCCACGGGGCCCAUCCCUGUUGGGCGGCCUACUCCAAGUUUAUACCCUGAGAACUAUGUGCCCAGUUUCCCCCGGGUACCCCCAGUGAGACAUGGAUUAGGUGUAAGAAAUGAGGUUGGAAGGAACUCACGGAUCACCCCCACUUCUGCCAACUUCCGAAACAGGACCACUAAGACAAAAUCUCCCAAACCAGCGGCUGGCGAUGCUGAGGAAGAGGAGUAGCAGCCUUCGGGCUGGAGACGUUAGCUUGGUUUUUACCCUUCUAUGCAUAGCAGCGCCUGCCCUGGUGCCAGAGGCUGGCUCGCUGCGUGUUCCAACAGAGAACCUUGGAUGGAUUGUAAUUUUUCUAGGCAGCCAUCAUUUUCUAACUUUUUACAUUGUGAAGUGGUCAGAGUGGGGAGGAUUGUUGAGAGCCUGGGGAUCUGCCUGGGGGUUGGGGCCUUGGAGAGAGUGAGAAGCCCUGCGGUGAAAGGCUCCCCCUUCCCAUGACCCCUGGGUCACCGGGCAGUGUUGUGGGGGUGGAGGGUGGGCAGAGGCUCCUGGCCGUUCAUCUCCUUACUGCCUUCUGUGCUGUCUGUGAAGUCAUUCUCCUGUUGCCUGAGGGGAGCUCACUAGUGUUCUGGGGCUUUCCUGUAGCCAGCCAACCUGUAUGCUCCUGUUCUCUGUGCUAGCUUUGAAAUUCAUGUUCUGAACAUGAGACUUCCCUUGGGUCAGGGAAUUCCAGUGAGGGGGAUGUCGGGGUUUCAGCCAGAAGCGAGAAUCUUGAUGUUUUCACUUCAAGGUGCUGGACCUUGAGGACUGGCUCCAAGCUGCCAGCGCAGCUCCUUCCUGGGGCUUGAAGAGCACUGCCCUGGAGUUUUGGGGAGGCGGGGGGCAUUCAGGAAACCUUGUCAUUGGCUCCCUGGUAGGGCUGCUUGUCUGUGAAAAUCGCCUGUCUCACUGGGAGCCGCAGGGUGGAGCCAGGCCCCCCACGGGGUGUUUCCCCCCACCCCAAGCAGUUGUGCAGUUGGCUCUGAAAAUUUCAGAGUUUCAGAGUCCUUUGUUCUGGGUUUUUUUUUUUUUAAUUUUAAUUUUUUAAAGUUCCCUAUGACAAAAAUAAAAUUUGUACUUGGAGCACAGCC